UCUGACAACCGCAUGUGCGCGGAUGGAGUGAAGUGGAGACAGAGAGAAGCCUGUGGAGAUUAAAUCCGAGUUUAUGUCCUGAUCACGCCUAGAUCGGACGUGGCCAAAAAGACAAAGAUCCGAGUUUACCGGCGAUACUUUCCGUCAAUUUCUUCGAGUAUUCUCGACGGAAAAAUAUUCGUCAUUGACGAUAUUUCGAAGAGAAAAAAUAAACGCGCGACGCAAAACGCGUCUCAUCCGGCUAUGUUUCAACGUGUAUUUACGUCAAACUUUCGUAAUAUAUCGUUACUAUCUCGGCUAUGGAACGGACCUAAUGGCGUACUUGCAGGUAAACAGGCUGAGCAAAAAAUGAUAUCCAUCCUGAGAAACAGAUUUCCUCAAGCCCAGCUGAUUGAAGUUACCGAUGUAUCAGGAGGAUGCGGUGCUAUGUUUGACAUAAAUGUGGUUGCUCCAGAAUUCAAAGGACUCAAUACCGUGAAACAGCAUCGAAUUAUUAAUGAGGUACUAAAAGAAGAAAUUAAAGAUAUGCAUGGUCUUCGAAUACGUACGAGUAUUCCGCAAUCGUAAAUUUUGCUAUAGAUUGUGUUGUUAUGUUUCACAAGAACAAUAUUUAAUACCAAUUUUUAGCUCGAACCUGUACAAAACCUAAAGAUCUAUAUUAUGUACAUUUUUAGGAUGUAAAUUUUAAGAAAGUGCUACAAGAAAGAAAUAAUAGAUA